AGCCCGGAGGGCAUCGUGGCUAUCCUGGGGCCACAGAAAUAAUUUCCAGCACAGCAGACUCCGGUUCCCAGCCUCCUGCAGGUGAGACGGAUGCGAGGCUGGCUACUCCGUGCUCUGGAUCCCAACUGCCAAAGGAUUGCUUAGAGAGCCGGAGGGCACGUUUCAGAGCUGCUUAGAAGCUCCGCGAGAUGCCAGACCUGCCCUCAACCUUCCUGCCCCUCCUCCUCCUCUCCAAGUUUGUUACCCCAGUGACCUUUCGCCACCAUCGCUACGACGACCUCGUGCGAACGCUGUACAAGGUGCACAACCAAUGCCCAGACAUCACGCGGCUCUACAACAUCGGGCGCAGUGUGAAGGGCAGGUACCUCUAUGUGCUGGAGUUUAGCGACUACCCUGGGAUCCAUGAACCCUUGGAACCAGAAGUCAAGUAUGUGGGGAACAUGCACGGAAACGAGGUGCUGGGCCGUGAGCUGCUGCUGCAGCUGUCAGAAUUCCUCUGCGAGGAAUUCCGGAACCGGAACCAGCGCAUCCUGCGCCUCAUCCAGGACACCCGCAUCCACAUCCUGCCUUCCAUGAACCCUGACGGCUACGAGGUGGCUGCUGCCCAGGGCCCAAACACAUCUGGGUAUCUGGUUGGUAGGAACAAUGCAAACGGGGUGGACCUAAACCGCAACUUCCCGGAUCUCAACACCUAUUUCUACUACAACCAGAAGUAUGGCGGUCCCAACCACCACCUGCCCCUCCCUGACAACUGGAAAAGUCAGGUGGAACCGGAGACCCGGGCGGUGAUCCAGUGGAUUCGCUCCUUAAACUUUGUUCUCUCAGCCAAUAUGCACGGAGGGGCUGUGGUGGCCAACUACCCAUAUGACAAGUCACUUGAGCAUAGGUUCCGAAGUGCCCAUGGCACCUCCAAUUCCCCCACACCGGAUGACGAGCUCUUCCAGACGCUGGCCAAGGUGUACUCCUACGCACAUGGAUGGAUGCACCAGGGUUGGAACUGUGGGGACUACUUUCCAGACGGCAUCACCAACGGGGCGUCCUGGUAUUCUCUCAGCAAGGGAAUGCAAGACUUCAAUUAUCUCCAUACUAACUGCUUUGAGAUCACACUGGAGCUGAGUUGUAACAAGUUUCCGAGACAAGAGGAGCUGCAAAGGGAGUGGCUGGGUAACAGGGAAGCCUUAAUCCAGUUCUUGGAACAGGUUCACCAGGGCAUCAAGGGAAUGGUGCUCGAUGAGAACUGUAACAACCUCACGGGGGCUGUCAUUUCCGUCACCGGCAUCAACCACGAUGUCACUUCAGGUGAACACGGGGAUUAUUUCCGACUGCUGCUUCCUGGUACUUACUCUGUCACUGCCAAGGCACCAGGGUACGACCCCCAAACAGUGACUGUGACGGUUGGGCCCGCGGGACCAACACUGGUUGACUUCCAACUCAAGCGAAGCACGUCUCAGGUGUACCCUGGGCAGAGAGCUCCCGGCCGAGGCCAGGGAAGCAGGGCAAAGCCCCGGACAUCCAGAAAGAAAGACUCAGCAACGAAGCGGCACAGGGGCCCUGCAUGAAGCCAGCACCCAGGGCCACACAGUGAGGCCAGGUCCCUGUUCUCAAACCCCAUGACCACACCUCUCUUUUAUUAUCUGGGACAUAUUUAGACACAGGCACAUACAGAACAGUCCUGAGUGUUUCUCUUUCCCCUGGGAUCAAGUCUUCCUUAGGCCAGCAUUAAAGGAGUCCGAACCUUCCAGAAACUGGUACCAUUAUGCCUGCCUACAGCAGGGUCCUAGAGACCUUCUUCCUGGGAGUCUGGUUUGGGUCACUGCAUGCUGAGACAGGUUCCCGCUGGUUGUCUGUCUAUCUCCACAGUCUGGCAUGGAGCUGGUGACAGCGUGGUGCUGCAAGAGGCUGUCAAAAUGACUGCUGAGGGAAUCCAGAAUUGCCUGAGACCAUUUCCAUGGUGGCCAGUGGUUUCUAGUCAGGAGAGGAUGUGACCCACAGGGCCCAGUUCCCCGCCCCUCAUGUGUGAGCACUGUCAACAAUUUAUACCUUUUGAAAUGUCUUCUGGGUAUGUAGGAGACAUGACACCCUUGUAGCCUGGCAUGUGAAGGAAUGUGUCCUGCAGGGCGAUGUUCGGGGCCUCUCAGAGUCCCAGCUGAACCCACUGGUCCUGAAGGCAUCAUUGAGCAAAUGCGAUGUUUCUGAAUUCACUGUGUCCUCUUCCAUCUCGUGCCUAGAGCACAGAGCAACAGGGGGCUGCUGUCCCCGGUCCUCUGUCCCCAGUGCUGGCUGUUAGGGAUCAGCUUGAGUUUCCACAGCUGUUCCACUAAGGAACCCAGCUUUUUCCUGCAGAUGAGCAGAUCCCACUCACGUCUCAGGGCGCAGCCUCACACACAUUAGCAGCUGUGAGGGUAUCUUUGGUGAAUUAGCACAUUCUUUCUUGAUCUAUCCUUGAGCCAUCUCCAUCUAUGGCCCAGAAGGAGAAGAGUCAGAGAUGCAUCCUUUCCCCACUAAGAGCUGUCUCUUCUCAGGCUAAAAGGUUAAUGGUUUCUUUGCCAUUGCCCUGCGUUGAACUACUUGGGUCCCUUCUUCUAAUGACACAGCUUUGAGAGGGCACAGCUCUGCCCAGUGACACACAAUGCCUGCACCUAUCACAUCUGCCACAUAUUUCUAGAUUGUCUGAAUAUCACAUACUACGUCAUUUGUCAAGCUGAUGUCUACAGAAUGGAGACUCAGAGUGCUGGCUGGCAGGGCCACAGACUUUCCUUCUGCCAUGCAAGGGUUCUUUAUUGGGCCCCUGCUCACAAGAAUGCAGAGGAUACAAAGAGAAAGGAGACAUGGCCUAUGGUCUCAGUGCGGCUGUGUAGCAGGGAAGACCCAUGAGUACUGCUAUACAUUGUCAUAAUUGCUGUGACCCCAGAAUUCUGAGGUGGGCUUGAGGAGCCCACUGAGGGAUGGGCAGAACUCGAUUGGCUACUGCCAAAAGAACUGGCCAGACAGACAGCCACAGGGAGCCAGCUGGGAAGGUGGCCUUGGAGGGGCAGUGGCAAAGACAUGCAGCUCAGAGGGGUUCCUAGCAGCUCCUUGUGGCCUCCCCACCUCCCCACCUCCUGGAGAUUUUCAUCUUCUCACUCAGAUCUCCCCUGCUUGCCACCUUGAGGCAGAAACACUAAGACUUCUAGGGCUCCACCCCUAGAAGGCCCAUUCCAAUUAAGUCCAAAGUAGUGAGAUUAAACUGAAACUUCAUACAGACUCUGACCAUGGCACAAAAAUUCCAUGUAUCCUGAAGGGAAGCUGUGGUUUGUGUACAGUUGAAUGUAUCCCCUGCAGGUUCGUGCACUGGAAGUUCCGUGCACUGGAAGUUCCGUCCCCAGGGUGAUGAUGGUAUUGGGGCAAUGGAAACUGUAGGGGGUGGGGCCUAACGCAAGAUAAUUAGGUCAUGAGCCCCUGCCCUCCAAAUCAGUGCUGGUCUCCUGGAGUAACUAGCCUUGAGUGAGUCACUGCCAGGCAGAGCUACCCUAUGAUCUACCCCCUUCUGCUUCUGGUUGUUUCCUUUCCAUUUCUCCAUGAUAGAAGCAGACAUCGGGCCUUUGCCAGGUGCAGGGGCCAUGUUGCUAGCACCCUCCAGCUACUGGAAUCCUAAGUCAAACCUCUUUACUUUGUAGGUUAUCUGCCCCAGGGAUGGUUAUAACAACACAGAGACAGAGAAGGCUGAUGUGAGGUCAUUAGGGUAUGAGUGGUGGGCAGAGUUGACGCAAUACGAAAGAAGGUUCUCUGACUUUGACCUUGCAUUUUCCUGACUGGUUUUUAUAACUUAAGAGUUUUAGAGAAGAAAUCUAUCUGAAUGUCUGAUGCCCGGUGCUGUAGGACAUCACAGUGAAUGGCAUGGGUUUUGAACUCUGACAGUUUUAAUUGUAAGCUCUGUUCUUUAUUGUCUGUGUGGCUAUAA